AGUGAGCAACUAUGAUGACUUUUGUGUGUGUUGUGUGUGAAGGGAGCGGGAGGGGGAGGACCAAGAACACACACUAAUACACCUUAGAGCUCACACACUAAACCACCAAGAAAGUAGAUGGACCUCAAAGUCCAUAUCCAAUUCACUUUAAUGUUUCUAUCUCCCUACCCCAACAAAUAAUAAACCUUAUCACAACUUACCAUCAAACGAACCCCCAAAAAAUUAGGUCCAAUUGCAAGCCCAAUUCUCCCUUUCUCUCUCCUCUCUCUUUCUCUCUCCUCGAAACCCUAGAUCUGGGAGCUGGGAAACGCCGGAAAUCCCCUCCUCCGCCUUGGAUUCGGCCCAAGAACGGAUCUUUUUCAUCUGGGUUUCCCUCGAAACUCUUGUUUUUGCUGGAAAAAGUCAAAUGUGUGAUGGGUAACCUUUGUGUCAAUGUUCUGAGUUCUCUCUGCACGACACUCGGUUUCCAAGUGUUUCCUACUCAUCUAAUAAAGUUCGAUCAUCUAGCGUUCUCUCAAGAUGGAGGUGGAAAACUCAAACCAAAUCAUGAAUAAUGAGCUUAUACCCAUGGAGGAGACACAACCUCUCGAUUCAGAGAUGCAACUUGACAUUUUAGAGCCUCAGCCGAACCAUAUAGAGCUACCACCAAAUAAUGCAGAACAACAACCAACCAAGCGUAGGAAAAAGAAGUCAAUUGUCUGGGAACAUUUCACUAUUGAAACAGUUGGUGCUGGAUGUAGGAGGGCAUGCUGUAAACAAUGCAAACAGUCAUUUGCCUACAGCACAGGGUCUAAGGUAGCUGGAACAAGUCAUCUCAAGCGUCACAUUGCAAAGGGGACGUGCCCAGUGGUACUGCGUAAUCAGGAGAAAAAUCAAUUGAGCCCAUAUAGCGCACCUUCCAAAAUGAGUUCAUUUUCUGAUACACCAAAACGGCGUUAUCGGACAGCCAGUGUCCCUUUAAUUUCCUUUGAUGCGGACCGUUGCCGGCAUGAGAUUGCUAGGAUGAUUAUUAUGCAUGACUAUCCACUUCACAUGGUUGAACACCCCGGUUUUGUGGCGUUUGUUCAGAAUUUACAGCCUCGAUUUGAUAUGGUGAGCUUCAAUACUGUGCAGGGGGACUGCGUGGCAACUUAUCUAAGGGAAAAACAGAGCAUCCAGAAGGUGAUUGAGGGGAUGCCUGGGCGUGUCUGCCUUACUCUGGAUUUAUGGUCAUCUUCUCGAACUAUUGGCUACAUGUUUGUAAGCGGGCAGUUCAUUGAUAGUGACUGGAAAAUGCACCGAAAACUUCUCAAUGUGAUCAUGGAACCUUAUCCAGAGUCAGAUACUGCCUUCAGCCACUCUGUUGCUGCAUGCUUGUCUGAUUGGAGUAUGGAUGGCAAGUUAUUUUCCGUUACUAUCAAUCAACCGCUUACUGAUGCGUCAGUUGAUAAUCUGAGAGCUUUGCUCUCUGUUAAGAACCCAUUGGUGCUUGAUGGCCAGUUGUUGGUUGGAAAUUGCCUUGCUCGUUCGUUAAGCAGCAUCGUCCAAGAUGCGUUGGCUUCUGUGGAGGGCAUUGUUAAGAAGGUAAGAGACAGUGUAAAGUAUGUCAAAACAUCAGAAUCGCGCGAGGAAAAGUUUAUUGAGCUCAAACAACAACUUCAAGUACCUAGCUCUAAGAAUCUUGCUAUCGAUGACCAAACUCAGUGGAACACAACUUACGAAAUGUUGUUGGCUGCAUCAGAAUUAAAGGAAGUCUUCUCUUGUUUGGAUACUUCAGACCCCGACUACAAGGACGCCCCGUCAGUAGAAGAUUGGAAGCAAAUAGAGACCCUCUGCACUUACUUGAAACCCCUCUUCGACACAGCAAAUCUUCUAACAACAGCAGCUACUCCAACAACAAACACAUUCUUCCACGAAGCAUGGAAGAUUCAGUUGGAAUUGGCACGUGCAGCUGCCAGCGAAGAUCCAUUUGUCAGCAGCUUGACAAAGUUUAUGCAAGAGAAAUUUGACAAAUACUGGAAGAGUUGCUGCUUUAUCCUAGCAAUCGCGGUAGUCAUGGAUCCCCGUUUCAAAAUGAAACUUGUCGAGUUCAGUUUCUCAAAAAUAUACGGCGAAGAGGCUGCCUCGUAUGUGAAGGUUGUUGACGACGGGAUCCAUGAGCUAUUCCUCGAAUACGUUGCGCUUCCUCUGCCUCUAACUCCUGCCUAUGCUGAAGAAGCAAACGGAGCAUCCAUCAAGCCUGAGGAUCCACAAGGAAUGGGAAUCUCAAGCAAUGGUCUUGGCCUUACAGACUUUGACGUCUACAUCAUGGAAACUACAAGCCAGCUUGCCAAGUCUGAGUUGGAUCAGUAUCUGGAAGAGUCCCUUUUGCCCCGUGUACAUGAAUUCGACGUGAUAGGAUGGUGGAAACUAAACCGGAUAAAGUACCCAACUCUAUCAAAGAUGGCCCGUGACAUCUUGUCGAUUCCAGUAUGCACUGUCCCGGCUACCUCAGUGUUCGACACAGUACGGAAGGAGAUGGAUAGUUACAGGUGCUCGUUACGACCAGAGACAGUAGAGGCCCUCAUAUGUGCAAAGGAUUGGCUUCAGUCAGAGAAUGUAGAAACCGCGCUACCGGUUGUGAAAAUGGAAGCCCCAAUUUAGUGUUUGCUUCUACAUCCAAAUUUGUUAGAAAGUGUUUAGGUAGAGAGAGAGAGAGAGAUGUUAUUAUUUUGUUCUAGAAACUGUGUUUGCAUGAUUCCAUCUUUGAACCUCUUAUUGUACAAUACUCUCAGAAACUUGUCUAGAUUAAAUUCUCAAGUAGCUCAUAUAUCCUUGUAUUUGAUUUGACCCUUCCUCCUUUGGUAUA